UGUACUCACGUAAUUAAAUUGUAAUCGAAUUUCGUGCGAAGUGGAAGUGAAAGACAGAGUCUCCGGCGUGAAAAGUGAAAAUUUGUGGUGAAAAGUGUUCUGCCCGUUCUUGAUUAGCACGUGAAUCGUUUCCCAAGAGAUUAUCGAAGAUGCCCCAGUCUGAGGGGGGUUAUGUGUCGCUGGAGAACGGGCCUCGGUCCGUGUACAAUGCCACGACGGAGCCUGCGUCGGGGGCUCAGUCGGUGCUCGAGUCCGUGAAGCGGGCGAUUGGGCAGGCGAUCGGCGGGCACCAGGACCCGCCGCUGCUCAACGCCAAGUCGACGAACAUCAGCAUCGUGAGCUCCAGAGACCGAGACAAAAGUGGUCGACCAACGAACAACAGGAUGCCAUCCGCUCCGACUCACACUGCCGAAGAGGCACGUCUCCUUGGAGCUAUGCCAGUGGAUCCAAUGGAUGACAUUGAGUUGCGUUCCGUCCAGUUGCAAUUUCCCAACUCACGUGGCUCGAUAGCUGACUCUUGCGACUUGAGGCGCGUGCCAACGGACAAGGGAGACAUCCUCGUGGCCAUUCAGGGUGACACCACAAAGCCGGCGAUUCUCACGUACCAUGAUCUUGGACUCAAUUACUUGUCCAGCUUUGCGGGCUUCUUCAACUAUCCAACAAUGCGAGGACUGUUGGAGAACUUCUGCGUGUACCACGUGACGGCUCCUGGGCAAGAGGAAGGCGCUCCGACGCUGCCCGAGGACUACGUCUAUCCGACGAUGGACGAGUUGGCGGCUCAGCUGCUGUUUGUGCUGUCGCACUUCGGUCUGAAGACCGUGAUUGGCUUCGGUGUUGGCGCGGGUGGGAACAUCCUGGCCCGCUUCGCCUUGGCCAAUCCGGAGAAGGUGGGCGCGCUGUGUCUGCUGAACUGCGUGUCAACGGCCGCCGGAUGGAUCGAGUGGGGCUACCAGACGUUCAAUGCGCGCUUCCUGCGCACCAAGGGCAUGACACAGGGCGUCGUGGAUUACCUCAUGUGGCAUCACUUUGGCAGGAAUCUCGAGGAGCGCAAUCACGAUUUGGUGCAAAUGUACAAAAACCACUUCGAGCGCUCCAUCAAUCCCACGAAUCUGGGCAUGUGGAUCUACUCGUACAUCCAUAGGACUGACCUCAACAUCGCACGCACUCCGUCUGGCUCUCCGCAGCAGAACAGCACAACGCUUAAAAUGCCGAUCAUCAACAUCACUGGAGCCCUUUCUCCGCACGUCGACGACACUGUGACUCUCAAUGGACGUCUCGAUCCGACAAAUUCCAGUUGGAUGAAAAUUCAAGAUUGUGCAAUGGUUCUUGAGGAGCAACCGGGAAAAUUGGCUGAAGCUUUCAGGCUUUUCCUUCAGGGUGAAGGCUAUGAGAAAAUUUAAAGACAAAAAUGCUGAACUAAAAGAAAUCAUGCCACAGAGCGCAGUCAGACAAAAAUGAAUGAGAAAAAAAACACAGAAAUCACGCAAAAGAGAAAAAUACCAAGAGAAAGUUGUAAAAUGACAAAUCCUACUCCCCAAAACACACGCUUUCUUCAUUCACCGCCCACCACCCACUCGCAACACAUCCGCCCACCAUUCAACGAACACACUAAUGUCUAACGAAAAUGGUAUUGGAUCAGCAUCACCGCUCAUUGCGACGCCGGCGCUCAGGUGGCUCCGCAGUCGCACCGGCAGCGCCGCCAGCAACAACAACGACAUCUUCAGUGACGCUUACGCAAACAGCGUGAACGGCAAUAUGGCCGCCAAGGAGAUCCGCAUCACGGAGAAUCCCUUCGUGACCUGCUAGAGAUUCGCUCCGGCGUCCAAUACGCGCAGCCGAAACUGGACGAAGCGCAAAUUUCGCACUGUGCGCCUCCUAAUCGUACACUAAUUUAUUGCCUUCGAGCGGAGACAUUAUUUUUCCUCAGUUGGGAGCCAUUUUGAUCGUUUUUUUUAUCUUUACUUAUUGUUUUCUAGAGAGAAUACUUAAGCAAAUCUCAGAAGGAACUUUUUUUUCUAUCACUUUGAGCGCAAUUUGAGCAUCAGCAGUCCAGAGUUGAUUAUAGAAAACAUAUCAGAAAAUUCUAUCCCUUGAUUCGUUCUCACGAAGAGUAGCGCGGGAAGAGCAGCAGUUUAGGAGAUGUGAAGAUGUUCAAAGUGAGCACGCAAUCGAGUUCCUAAGACAUAUUUUGCCAAUUUGGCGACGGCACUAAAGAGCAAAUAAGUUCAUAUCAUAAUUAUUUCUAUCCUAGACUCUUAUUAUUUGCAGACGAGGGAAUGAGAAAACUGAUGCUGAGACAAAUAUCAAAUUGAAGAAUAAAAAACACAUCUUAGUGUGACUUAGGUAGACAAUAUAACUUGGUGGGGUGUGAGAAAACAGUGGUUUUUCCCCGGGGUGGAGAAGGAAAAGAGCCAGAUUAAGAUAUUUUUGCAAUGCAAAUAAAUGCAACUUUUACUUAAGUAGAGUGAGAAAUCUAUGAGAAACAUAUUCCUAAUAAAUGACAUAGAAAUGUCCAGUAGUGAUUGUUGCGUCUCAGUUUUAUCAAAUGGAUAAAAAAGGCAUUUUGCAGAGAAAGCACUUGGAGGAAAAAGAAAAAUUCUACUGCCAGAAAUUCACAGAAUAGAAAAGAAAACAGAUAAAAAUUUGUAUUGCAAAAAUUCAAUUCUCCCAAUUUAUUGAUUUUCAAAAAUGACACAAAAAUUUCUGGUUAAAACGCGAUCACGUGAAAAAAAGGGGUUAAGAAAGUGUGGAAUGAUAAAUAGUUGAAUUAACAAAAACCAAUACUUAGAGAUGAUGAAAUGCAUGAAAAACUACAAGAAACAAUGAAAAUUUUAGAUGACGAGAGAAAAUCCUGUAGAGCUUUACAUGUUCAGAUAAACCUAUUUAUGAAUAAAUAUAAUCCUUAAGAGGAGCAGAUGGAAUUUAAGCAUAAAAUAUAGAAAUAAAUGGCCUCAUGCAUCAUUGGAGCAUUUUAAAUGGCAGGACGUAGAGUAUUGAUUAGUGAGUGAAAUGUAUAAUUAUUAAAUGGUAGAUAAAUUGUAUUCUUGCUACAAAACAAUUGUACUUAAUGAGAAACAUUCCGUUCUUGCAGCUAAAAAAGACAAUUUUCAAAGAGUGUUAAAAUCAGAAGAAA